GUUCGUCAUUGGGUUGUUUUCUCUCCAGCCUCAACGCGACAACUUGACAACUUGACAACUCUUACCAUCUACAGUAUUGCUUCGCACACACGACAGCUUUCCCUAAUUGUCAUCAACUACUUGCCAUGAAUAUUCCUUGAUACUCGGCACUUCAAUCAUGACAAUCCGGGAGGACGUCGUGGCCUCUGCGGUCAAUUUCUUACAAGACCCUAAUGUGAUCUCUUCCCCUAUCGAGAACAAGCUAUCCUUCUUGCGAUCAAAGAAUUUAACGCAAGAGGAAAUCGAUAUCGCUUUUGCGAGGAGCGGCUCAUCGAUAGCUCCUGUUCCCGCUUCACCCUCACCAUCACCAUCGCCGUCAUCAGCGCCCUCCGCUCCCGUCCAGAACCAGCCAUACUACGGCCAAUACCAGACGCAGCCUUACGGAUGGCAAGCACCGCCAGAAGUCCCCAAGAGGGAUUGGCGAGAUUGGUUCAUUAUGGCCACUGUGGUGGGCGGAGUUAGUUACGGAUUAUAUACUGUUUCCAAGCGUUACCUUUACCCCCUAGUCUCGCCCCCGACACCGGAGAAAUUAGAACAAGAUAAGUCGAUGGUGGACGAACAAUUCGAGAAGGCCUUCGCGACGCUCGAGCAACUAUCGAAGGACACGGAGGAGCUAAAGGCCUCAGAGAGGGAGCGUACCGAUAAGCUCGACAAGGUGCUAGAUGAGCUAGACAUAUUCAUGCGAGACACGAAAUCCGCUAGCCGACGACACGAAGACGAAACGGACCGACUACGCGAAGAGAUGAAGGCCUUGAAGGGGAUCAUCCCUAGUUCUAUGACUGCGAACAAGGAAUUUACGGAUAACCGAUUGAAGGAGAUCACCACCGAAGUCAGGAGUCUGAAGUCUCUCAUCAGCCAGCGAAUGGGCAAUCCCAGCAGCACCAGUCCGGCCCCACCGUCUAUCAACACGAACGGCUUCCUUAAGCCGACUGUCAGCGCCGUUGCGCUCCCUACUGCUAGCGGUGCCUCGAGCCCUGGUGUUGAUACGCUAGCAAAGGAUCUCAGCGACGCGAAGCAGGCGGUGCGAGAUGAGAACUCGCCUCAGAGCAACGGCACCAGGCAGGACUUCUUCUCGACGCGAACGUCUCCCUUCGGAAGCGGAAUGCCUCCCACAAAGGCGUCGAUUCCCGCGUGGCAGCUAGCAGCGAGCAAGUCAGACGCCACUGCAAGCAGUUCGCAGAACGAAGCUGGACCUAGCUCUAGCUCUUAAUUACAUAUAUAGAUAUACCUAGGUAAUCAUUACUCGUUUGGCGUUGUUUUGUGAUUAAGGGUUCUUUUAGUUAAAAAGGAAAGGCAUUUUCCCGGGUUAAGCAGUAUAUUUGAGUGAGGACGAGCCUCGAUUGACAUAAUGGGGCGGUUUUACAUGAUGAGUCUCCGGGCAAAAUGUGUACGUUUAAGGACCUCGAUGGAUAAACGAACCUGAUUCUAUAAUGCCGUAAAUUGUCUGAUUGUUCGUUGUACGUGUUCCCUUGGUUUAGUUAUGUUGUAAAUGUGACACUGCAUGUUCUCGUUGAGUGGAGGACGUUAUGUUAGUCUUA